CCAGUAGGCAAGAACCUAGGGACCGGGAGCCAGCGUGGACCAAUCAGGCUGCUGAGGGCGGGUCCUCUUUGGGAAAGUGGGCGUGGCCUAGGGGGAAAUCACCCAAGAACGCUGCGGAGGUCCUAGCCCAGGAAAACGCCCUCUGCGUGGAAGGAGAGAUCACGCCGCCAUGCCUCCCUCUGGGCCCAGUGCAGCCCUCCUCCUCUUGCCACCGCUGCUGCUGCUUCGCGCUGUUCUGACCGUACCCCUGGAGCGGGGGGCGUCCAAGGAGGAGAGCCCCGCGACCGAGAGCCCCGUGAGUGGCCCUGCCCUGCUCUCCAGCCAGGUGUUUGCAGUGGACACAGGUUUGUACUACCACCGGUACCUCCAGGAGGUCAUCAACGUGCUGGAAACUGACGGGCACUUUCGAGAGAAGUUGCAGGCUGCCAACGCUGAGGACAUCAAGAGCGGGAAGCUGAGCCGGGAGUUGGACUUUGUCAGCCAUCACGUCCGUACCAAGUUGGACGAGCUCAAGCGGCAGGAGGUGUCCCGGCUUCGGAUGCUGCUCAAGGCCAAGAUGGAUGCAGAGCAGGAGCCCAGUGUACAGUUGGAUCACUUGAGCCUCCUGAAGCAGUUUGAACACCUGGACCCUCAGAAUCAGCACACAUUUGAGGCCCGGGACCUGGAGCUGCUGAUCCAGACGGCCACCCGGGACCUUGCCCAGUUCGACGCAGCCCAUCAUGAAGAGUUCAAACGCUAUGAGAUGCUCAAGGAACACGAGAGACGCCGUUAUCUGGAAUCACUAGGAGAGGAACAGCGAAAGGAGGCAGAGAGGAAGCUGGAAGAGCAACAGCGACGGCACCGAGAGCACCCCAAAAUCAAUGUGCCUGGCAGCCAAGCCCAGCUGAAGGAGGUGUGGGAGGAGCUGGAUGGAUUGGACCCAAACAGGUUUAACCCCAAGACCUUCUUCAUACUGCAUGAUAUCAACAGUGAUGGUGUCUUGGAUGAGCAGGAGCUGGAGGCCCUCUUCACCAAAGAGCUGGAGAAGGUGUAUGACCCAAAGAAUGAGGAAGAUGACAUGCGGGAGAUGGAGGAGGAGCGGCUACGUAUGCGAGAGCACGUGAUGAAGAAUGUGGACACCAACCAGGACCGCCUCGUGACUCUGGAGGAGUUCCUCGCAUCCACUCAGAGGAAGGAGUUUGGAGACACUGGGGAAGGCUGGGAGACAGUGGAGAUGCAUCCUGCCUACACGGAGGAUGAGCUGAGGCGUUUCGAGGAGGAGCUGGCCGCCCGGGAGGCAGAGCUGAAUGCCAAGGCCCAGCGUCUCAACCUGGAGACAGAGGCUCUGGGGCGCUCCCAAGGCCGCCUGGAGGCCCAGAAGAGAGAGCUGCAGCAGGCCGUUCUCCAAAUGGAACAGAGGAAACAGCAGCAGCAAAACCUCAAUGACCCAGCCGCUGGCCCUGAGGGACAGCUCAAGUUCCACCCGGACACAGAUGACGCUCCUGUCCCAGCUCCAGCCGGUGACCAGAAGGAUGUGGCUGCUUCAGAAAAGAAGGAUCCUGAACAGCCUCCCAAGCUUCCUCAGCCGGAUUCCCAGCACUUGUGAUUCUCCAGGACCCUGGCACUCUGGGUUCCUACCAACGGCAGCUGGUGGGAGGGAAGUGAGGUGUCACAAUCAGCCUCCUCUGGGGACAACACAUGUGACUUCCUAGAGGAAGCGAGGCAGGGUGGCACUUCCCAAUUGCUACCCAGGCCCCCUGUCUGCUGCCUCCACUUCCACAGCCUCCCAAUCUGUGGUCCCUUCUUUCCGUCCCCCUCCAAGGGUGGGAGGGAAGUGAGGUGUCACAAUCAGCCUCUUCUGGGGACAACACAUGUGACUUCCUAGAGGAAGUGAGGCAGGGUGGCACUUCCCAAUUGCUACCCAGGCCCCCUGUCUGCUGCCUCCACUUCCACAGCCUCCCAAUCUGUGGUCCCUUCUUUCCGUCCCCCUCCAAGGGACCUGCCUUCUCAUGUCGUCGGGUGCUCACAGGGUCAGCCUAGCUUAGGAAAGCCCCCUGCCUCCGGAGAGGGUCUGCUGUGUGCCUGCCUUCCUAGACAGUUUGGCCUCGCUGCCCCAGAUUGGGGCCGCUCUAGCAUCCUGCAUCUGACAGCUGCUGGAAUCCUGCCUCCUGCUCUGGGCCCAGCUUCUGUUGGUUUAUGGGGCUUGGGUGGUCCUCGAGACCUUUCUCUGCCUUUUGUGGGACCAGUGAUGCCUCAAAGACUGUGUCUUCGCCAUGGCUGGGUUGAGGGGCAGCAGAGUCCUCACAGAGCUGAUCAGCUCUGAUACCAGGAGCAUUUACUCUCCCUGAUCCCUGGCUUCUGGCCAUCUCAGCUUCAGCCUCCUUCCUGACAGCUUGGCCCCUUGCGCCUUCCCGACACAGCCACAGAAGGAUCCCAGAGCCGACCCCGCCCCAGGAUCGGGUUCCAGCCCCUCAGCCUCAGUGGGAGGCCCCACCCGCCUUUUUGGCCUUACCUUACACUGCAAUGUGUCCUGCUGUGUACUCCAGUUCCAUCCAAAUACACUUUCUGGGACAAA